ACGAUGGUACUCUUUCCUGGACCUCGUCCUCCUUUUUGGGUAGAGUAGGCGGUUUUCCUUCCUGGCGAGCGGUUGAUGGAUGCACGCUCUGCCCGUUUUUCGCAAAAAGAAAAUUUGGGGGGGCAGGAAGUGCGUUCGGCGGAGGUGGGAGGGGAGAACGAGGGAUGGAUGCGUGAUGGAUGGAUGUAUGCAGCGAAAUGCGUCCGUGAUGGAUUCCCUGGGGUUUUGUCUGUUUUGUUUUUCCGGGUACAUGGAAGAUGGAAGAUGGAAGACGGGAGACGGGAGACGGGAGACGGGAGACGGGAGACGGGAGACGGGAGAAGCGCUACCACACAGUCCAGCAAGGCGGAUCCUCGUACCGAUUCGGGUCCGAUGAUAGGGGCAGAGGGGUGCCGCACCAUAUGAAUGGCGUUUUUGCCGUCGAGGAUGAUGAUGUCGUCGCUGCAUUUGCUGCUGUUGUUGUCGCUGCAUUUGCGGAGGCUACGUCUUUCCUACUUGCGCCGAAGAUGAAGUCCAGGAAUGGUGUGGCGAGGGAGGAGAGGAAUGAUGAGAGCGACGUGGGUACCAGCGACGACAGGUGCUCGACAUUGAACUGUGCGAGCAGAAUUAAGACUAUAACGAUGACGAUGACGAAGGCGGUCAUGAGAGCAGUAUGGCUACUGAAGACUGAUGGGGCCUUGGGGAGCCGUGGGGAGGAUCCUGGGGUUGUGUCGAGCUCGGAUGGGUGGUGUUUUGGAGAUGGUGCUGGGGAUGGUGUGAGGGUUUGGGGGGUGGGUGGUUGUCGUUCCAAUGUCGACAAGUCAAUGUAUGAAUUUGAAUUCCUUCCCGGAGAAAUAGUAACGUGUUCUCUUGAAUUCUCAAAGUUCAGGAUGGCGGCAGGAUGCAGGAGCAAGAUUGAGAGAAGAGACGUUACCGUUUUAGCGAGGUUGAUUCCGUCAACGAUGCAUGUGUCAGCUUUGGGGUGUGUAUGCGGGGCACUACCGGAGUUGUAUACCCUAUACGGCAUGCAGAUAUGGAUAAGAGGAAGCUUAUUACGUCGGGUUGGAAGGGGUUUGAGGUGCCCCACGCUAGCUUUCAGAGAGGCUGGAGUAAGGGUACUGGGACCUGCAAGGCGGAAAGGCGAGUUGGUCGGGGCGACGGGGCGUAAAUGGGAAUCUGGUUACUUCGAGUGUUUCCUGAUUUGGUGGAUGCUCGUGGGGAUUCUUUCGAAUCUUGGCCUUUUUCGGGUGGUAGGACUCUGAUGGAAGUACAUUUAUCGGGCUGGAUAUAUGCACCUCUAGAAGGUAUUAUAGUAGGUCAAGGUCUGGCUGUAUUGAUGAGGGAUGCAACUGAUUCAGACUACUGGGAAUGUACAUCACUUUACCUUGCAAGCAUUGAGUUUAGAUUUCUUCAGUGCUAGAUCU